CUGUCAAAAGUUUUUGAGUCAUCCAUAUUGGCGAAGUUUUACCCUAGCAAAGUGAUAAUAAAAUUUUGCUAAAUAGUUUAUUACGCUUCAAUUCGCGGAAUUGUAAUCUUUAUUCCAGUGCAUUUCUGUUUAGUUUUUUAGCAUACCAAAUGCAAUAAGUGAUCUAUAUCAGUAAUCUCCAAUGGUGUGAAAAUUCAAUUUGGACAUUCCCGCUGCUGUUGCACUUUUCACAGUGGCUGAAAAUCCGUGUCCGAGUAAGUUACACCGUAUAGAAACCUACGGGGAACCUGCUGUGUUGCUGCAUUGGAUGUUCAUUAUUUGGCGAAUAUAGUGAACCCAGAAAAUUUUAAGCAACAUGUCCGCUGGUCCGUACAACUAUUCCUACAUUUUUAAGUAUAUCAUCAUUGGUGAUAUGGGUGUCGGCAAAAGCUGCCUCCUGCAUCAGUUCACCGAAAAGAAGUUUAUGGCUAGCUGUCCCCACACGAUCGGCGUGGAAUUUGGAACACGUCUCAUUGAAGUCGACAAGCUGAAGAUCAAACUACAAAUAUGGGAUACUGCUGGUCAGGAGCGGUUUCGGGCCGUUACUCGGUCCUACUACAGGGGAGCCGCCGGUGCCCUUAUGGUUUAUGAUAUUACUAGAAGAUCGACCUAUAACCAUCUGUCCAGCUGGUUAACCGAUACCCGCAAUCUGACGAACCCUAAUACUGUGAUAUUUCUGAUUGGUAACAAAUCAGAUCUUGAAAGCACCCGUGAGGUGACCUACGAAGAGGCAAAAAAGUUUGCCGACGAAAACGGGUUGAUGUUCGCCGAGGCCAGUGCAAUGACUGGUCAGAACGUAGAGGAAGUGUUUCUGGAAACAGCUCGUAAAAUUUACCAAAGCAUUCAGGACGGUCGGCUCGAUCUGAACUCGUCAGAGACGGGCGUUCAACAUAAGCCAUCUCAACCUAGCCGAACCACACUGAAUAAUGACGCGCAGAACAAUAAGGACAAUUGUUCGUGUUAAUCUCAACCGGUGGCCAUUUUAGUGCGAAACAAAAAAAAAAAGUUAUGGGAAUUGUAAACUUUUGUGAAACAGAACUGUGGGAAGACAAAUCGCUCGCAAUCUAUGUCGUUUUGCCAAAGUGAGCCCGCUAUGGGCGAAACGAAAGAAUCACCAUCUUUCAAACGGUAGAUGAAAUUGUACUUGUAGCGAUAACAGAAAGUAAUAGGUCGGAGAACAAACUCCCGUAGUGUGAAUUGAUUUUUACGAAGCGUUUAUUUGUUGUUAGAUAUUUAUGUUUUGAGUUGUCCGAGGGUCACCCUGGAACACUAAGAGAUUUUAUGAUUCCCCAAAAUAUUUAUUAGUUUCUGUUUUAUAGUAUGCAAGCUCUAUUCUUGUGAAACAUAUAUGCUAGUAACGAACAUGAAGAGUAUAUAACUGGCCCUACGAUAUAAGAUACAAACAUUUGCUAAUAUACACAUGGAGGAUCAUUUUGAACCCUCAUGAUUUUAUUUCCAAUCUACCAGAACAACCUUUUCUUAACUGUAAUGUAUCAUUAGAUUCUAUGUUUAUUCUCCACAUACGAGCAACCCACGUACGUUCUUCGUUGUUUUCUAGUACAAAGCAUGUGCUAACCCGAAUCUAAGCGUUAACCCGAAACUGAUACUUUCUAAACUUAGCAACUGCAGCGAACUAUUCAAAAAGAGUAACGCUGCCGGAAAAAAUGUCCAAUAUUCCAUUUGAAUGUAUAGUAAACUAUAACGAGCAUCAGCGUUUAAAAUCUUUAUAAAACAAUAAUCAGUAAACAAAUAUUUCAAAAAUAAAUUAGUUAAGGAGUCUAAAAGGGACAAGUUAAAGUCA